CAAAAUUAUACUGUGAAAAAAAUGGGGAAUAUACGGUGGAUGUAGGAUUUUAGGGGGGGGUUUGGUUUUUGUUUUUGAUGAGCGAUGUCUGAUGCUCCGGGGAUUAAUGAAUCUGUUCUCGGUUUGCUGGAGCCCGUUUGGGAAUGAAGUAGAAAACCACGAAACAAACGGCGUUCUCGGCGGCGGUGGCGGAAGUAGCGGUGGCUCAAGGGAAGGUAAAGACGGGUUUCUUUGGUUUCGUGAUAUAGGGAAAUAUGGGUCCGGGGAAUUUUCCAUGGCCGUGAUCCAAGCGAACCAGGUGCUUGAGGACCAGAGCCAGAUCGAGUCGGGCCAAUUCGGCACCUUCGUCGGAAUCUAUGACGGACACGGAGGACCCGAGGCGGCACGUUACGUUUACGAGCACUUGUUCAAAAAUUUUCGAGCAAUAGCGGCUGAAUCGGGGGGAGUUGUGACUGCUGAGACUAUUCAACGAGCUUUUCAACAAACGGAAGAAGGGUUUACGGCCCUGGUGUCGGAGCUAUGGAGUACUCGACCAAAUAUGGCAACAGUUGGGACAUGCUCUCUGGUAGGAGUAAUCUAUCAGCGAACACUUUUUAUUGCGAAUCUGGGUGAUUCUCGUGUUGUGUUGGGCAAGAAAGUUGGCAACACCGGAGAAAUUGCUGCUAUACAAUUGUCAACAGAACACAAUGCAAAUAUCGAGGCUAUUAGACAUGAACUUAAGGAUUUACACCCGAAUGAUCCGCAAAUCGUUGUUCUCAAGCACGGAGUUUGGAGAGUGAAGGGCAUUAUUCAGGUUUCUAGAUCGAUAGGCGAUGUUUAUAUGAAACAUGCGCGGUAUAACAGGGAACCAAUUAAUGCAAAAUUCAGACUUCCUGAACCAAUGAACAUGCCGAUAUUAAGUGCCACUCCAACUAUUGCUUCCUACGAUAUCCACCCGAAUGAUUCAUUCCUUAUAUUUGCAUCCGAUGGUCUAUGGGAACACUUGAGCAAUGAAAAAGCUGUGGCCAUCGUCCAUGGUCAUCCACGCUCGGGGAGUGCUAAAAGGCUGAUCAAGGCUGCCCUACGAGAAGCAGCGAGAAAACGAGAAAUGAGAUAUUCAGAUCUUUGGAAGAUUGACAAGAAGAGGUGCUGUCCAAGACCCUCCGGUAUCGAUUCGAAGUGCACUAGAACACAGAUAAGUUCAUAUGGCCAAAUAGAUAACUGCUUCGUCCGGUUCUUGCAAUUCAAACAAAUGAAACUCCGCUACCAAUGGAUGACGUUUCCAGGUACACCGAGAUAUUGGAUGCACCGGUCCUAUUCCGGUAUAGGGAGGAGAUUCUAAUCUGUAAAAUGUUAAAGAGUUGGACCAACAUUUACAGCAAAUACUUUGUAACUCGGUGUAUAAUCUAAUCGAAUGCUUGUAGUUGCUUCCUUUGA